AGGCCUAAAUCAAAUUUUCCCCGUCAGCAAAGCUGAUUAAUCUAUAGGCCUACCUUUUAAAAAGAGGGAUAACAAAGUUUUAGAGCACGAGACGGAGUAUUUUUGAUCAAAAAAUGAGAUUUUGGCUCACACCAAUUUUUCGCUUCCACCCAUUGACUGUCACUUCAUUCAUGCCGUUCGUGUUUCUAUCAGACUGCGCAUGCGCUAUCAGUUGAUCUUGUCUGAAAUCUCCAACUUGACUCUCCUUUUCUAAAACAGUCUUCCACUACGGCGAAGUAGAAAGAAAAGGCUGAUGGCAGAACUAUCGCCAAAAUGUGCAGUGAGAUCGACGGACUGGCAAAGAUUGGGCAAUCUCGAUAGGCUGAUUCCACUCAACAUAAAUACCGUGUGCCUUGCCACAGUCUUUGCCUUAGACAAUAGGCCCAUGUACAUCAUGUCAUGUGGAUGGCCUGCUGAGUUAUCCCUGUGUUGCAGCAGGACUGAUCAUGUCCGAGGUCAUGGAGAAGACCUUUUCCUCGGUGUCCGGCUUCAUCAUGAACAGCCUGGGCUCCAGGAACAUGGACGUGUCGCCAGGGUUCCACAACCUGAUUCGGAGCAUCAGGAGGGCCCGCUCCAAAACUGAAGAAGAGAAGGCCAUUCAGAAGGAGUUGGAACUUCUGAAGUUGAAGCUGCAACAGCCUGACACGACUGUGGCUAAAAUCAAGGAAUACCUGGUGCGGAUCAUGUAUUGCGAGUUGCUUGGUUACUCAGCGGGGUUCAGUUACAUCAGCGCAAUCAAGCUUGCCCAGCAGGGAUCACUGGCCACCAAGAGAGUUGGCUACCUGGCCGUCGGCCUUUUUCUCCACGAGAGUCACGAGCUGAUCCUGCUGCUGGUCAACACCUUGCAGCGGGACCUGACCAGUACCAACAUGCUGCACAACUGCAUGGCGCUGGGUGCCAUCUGCCAGCUGAUUGGCCCCGAGAUGGUGCCAGCCAUCCUACCAUUGGUGGAGGAGAAACUCAAGCAUUCAAAAGCUCUAGUGAGGAAGAAAGCCAUUAUGGCCCUGCGCGCAUUGUACGCCAAGGCCCCCCACAUGCUGCAGAACCCAGAUGCACUCUUCAAGCAGGCACUGUGUGAUCGGGACUCGGCAGUGACAAAUGCAGCCCUGCAUGUCCACAGUGACUUGAUCAAGGAAAACCCGGCUGCAAACAAACAGCUGGUGCGCCCUCUUGUGGCAGUUCUGAGGCAGGUCGCUGGUCACAAAUUGUCGUCUGACGUUGAGUACCACGGCGUUUCAGCCCCUUGGAUGCAGAUCAGACUCCUACGGAUGCUGGCAAGAUUGGGCACAGGAGACGAGCACCAUAGCAAUUUAAUGUAUGACCUCCUUGAUGACAUGAUUGAGCAGACUUCAACACUGAGCCACAAUAUUGCCUAUGCUGUGCAGUAUGAGUGUCUGAUCACUAUCGCUAGCAUCCAUCCCCAUGAACAGCUCCUGAACAAGGCUGCCCAGUGCAUCCGCAAAUUCCUGAAAUCGUUCAACUACAACCUCAAAUACAUGGGGAUUUGUGCCUUGAGUGCCAUACUGAAGGUGUUCCCAAGCUGUGGGGAGGAGCACCAGAUGACUGUCAUAGACUGCUUGGACGAUGCUGAUGACACCAUCCGCCUAAAGACCCUAGACCUCUUGUUCCGCAUGACAACUAGUACCAAUAUAGAGGUGAUCUGCGACCGACUUCUGACGUUCCUACAAGGUACCAGGGAUGCGUUCAUCAGACGCGACCUGCUGUCCAAGAUAAUACAACUUGUUGAGCAAUACCAACCAUCAGUCCAUUGGUAUCUAGACACCAUGACUCAAGUAAUGUUGACUGGUGGUGAUCUGGUUCCCAGAAGUCUCGUCAACAGCGUCAUCUUCUCUAUAGCCAAAGAUGCUAGGAAUGGGGGUGAUGUAGGCCAACAUGCUUUACAGCUGUACUUGCCCCUCAUCAACAAAAGCGCCACGUCCAGUGAACUCCGGCAGAUUUGCUGCUGGGUUCUUGGGGAAUUUGCCUGCCUUCCCUCUGCUCCACCAGCAACGGAGAUUGUCAGCAUUCUCCGCUCCCAGCUCGACAGCAGACAAGAGGACAACGUGAAAAUAUGGGCCAUGGGUGCUCUGACCAAAGUAGUGGCGAGCUGUGGGGUUGUCAGUGAAGAUGUUGUCAGGGUGAUUGAAGCUUGUCAGAUAGGGUCGUCGAUGGAACUCAGGCAGAGAGCAUGUGAGUUACAGACUUUGUGCAGUGAUUUGGAUUUGAUGAAUGACGUUUACCCCAGACUGGACUCCUCCCCGGAAUUACAGUUUGACUGGACUCUAUCCUUCCUGGAUGAGUAUGUAUCCGAGGCUCUGGCCCAGGGGGCAGCUCCCUACAAACCUAAGCAGCAACGGCAUGCCGAGAGGCAGCAGGCAUCUCCAGAUAUAAAGCCUCUGUUCUCAGGACUCAACUUUGUGCCCUACCAAAGCCCCACAUCUUCAGUCAUCAGUGGCACUGCCAUGUCGGUCUCAACCACUGAAGGAAAGACAAAUACCAAAUCCGUUUCCCCGGACCCCUCGCUGAGCUCCGGAGCGUCAGCAAACAGUGCAGGGCCAAAAGCAUCAGAGAGUUCAGCAGGUUUGAAACUGGAUGGUGUCAAGCGGGUUUGGGGCAGUAAGGGUUAUGCCAAGACAACAUCAACUACACUUUCCUAUAUUCAACCAAGAACCAAUGAGGGUCUAGUUCCAGCAUCACCCCCUGCGACUCCCAGCAGCCCAGCCAGGGUUGCACAGCCAAGCAUACAGCUGAGCUCAGCCAUGGCUGUAGGCAGGACAACAAGCUCUCCCCCCUCCUCUGUAGACACCCUGUCGGAAGAGGACUGUCGGAAGAAAGAACUAGCCAAAGCGUUGUUUGGAGGACUGCACAAGUCCAUGACUACGAGUAGCAAGAAACCAAUGGACAGAAAGCCCCAGUUUGUCUCCACAUCAGAAAGAUCUUCCAAAUCGGCAGCAAAAGACGAAAAGUCAUCAAAUAUUACAGAUUUGCUUGUUUUAUCCGAUGUCAACGCCCUUUCCUCGGACAGAAACCUUCCACAAGUGGAACUCUCCAAUGUGCAAUAUCCAGAAGAGAAAAGCAACACCAGGUUGAAGAAUCAACCAGAGGAGAAGGAAAACCUUGACACUUUUCUGACGUUGACAGAAGAAAAUAUCAAUGCACAGCUUGUUACCCCUGCCACUGUAAAUUUUAGAGUAACAAAUCAAGGAGAGCAGCUGGUAAAAGCAGAACUACCAGGAGAAGACCAAAAGUCAUCAGCUGGGAGCAUAGAGACAUAUCAGGGUGGGCGUCCAGCUAUGGCCUUUGGCAGAACUAGUGGACAAGAGCUCAGCAUGUAUGAAGAGUUCAAGGGAAUGGACCUGGACAAAGAAUAUUCAAAUUCACAGAUUCAAAUACAAGAGAGUAAUUCCCUUAGUUUACAAGAUGAAGGGCCAACAGGUCACCAACUUCCAUAUGCACCUGACUCUUCUGCAGUCUUUGAUAGUGUGUCUGAUAUGGACGAUGGUCAUGGAGAGGAGAAAACGCAUCAGUUCUUGAACCUGCAAGGCAAAGAUGGCAGAAAUCCCAUCGACAGUAGUGAAGUAACGCCUGACACAAGCUCUGCUGAUUGUACAUUAAGGGAUGACUCUAGUUCAUCCAUUGGAAAUUCAGACGUCAACCUGUUAGACACCAGGACAUCUCAAGCCCAUCCUUCAGAAACAGCACCACCGUGUUCCCAGCCCAACAAAGAAAUAUCACUUCUUGACUCCAGUCCAGGGGACGUUUCCCUUCCAAGCCAGCCGGAACUUCUCCAGAACCGGCUCCCUGCAGACUGGCAGGACUAUCCAAGAAGCCGGGACAGAAUUAACCUUGGUAGCGAUACCCUUCUUGCCGUAACACUGUACAAAGUCUGGAAGCCCAGCACAUUAGGACUUGUCUUCCACGUCACAAACAUCAGUCCAAAAGACUCGAUCACCCAGUUGAAGAUUAAACUGGAUGUCACAUCAAAUUUAAAAGUGUCAGAUGACCUAGAUCACCACCCUCUGUCCACAGACUUGCUCGGCUCGACUAAAACGAGCAUUCUAACAGCAGAGCUUGGCUGCAUCUCCCCUGCCCCUAGCAUGAGCCUGGGUGGGGAGGUAGCGUACAAGGACCACACCAGGACACACCGCAGGCUGUUCUUUAGCUCACCCAUCACCAUCAGUGAUUUGUUAAGACCUCUUAAAUUACAAACAGCUGAAUUUGGUGAGCAGUGGCCAAAGCAGACUUGUGACAGUAAGUUCACUGUGGAGCUGGUGGAGGCUGUCUCCAUGUCAAAGGUCAUGACCUUACUGACCCAGGAGAUGAAUAUUCAUCUCGUUGAAAUUAUAGGCAACGAGGGUAUAGCCUGUGGCACGCUCUUGGGCAGGUCCGUCUGCCUCAUACACACCAAGCUGCCCUCUGAUGGGUCCCUCGAGCUCUGGGUCCGUUCCUCCAGCCGCCUGCUGUCAGAGUCUGUCACCAAGCAGUGCAGGGAAGUCAUGAAGAAGUUAUGACGCAACAUGAAGGACAAAAACUCCUUGACCAAAAUCUUUUAGUCUUGCCAGAGAGAUUUCAACAGCAGCAUAAGGACCUUAGCGAUGAAGGAAGUCCCCCUCUUAAACAGCCCCCCUCUUAAACUCUACGCAUGCUACUUUGUUCAGACCUGCCUGAUAUUAAUGUUUUUUUUAUACUGGCAUUAGGAGCAAACCCUACCCAUGUCAUAUCCAACAAGACACGAUACAACAUCGAGCUGGGAGGAGUUCCGUGACCAAACGUUGGUAAUCUUGCCAAAAGAGAUUGUAUGCGAUACCAGUGUAACAAUUUUCAUAUGAAGGAAUAAUUUCCUUUCCCCCUUAAAUAGCCGCCCUACCCAAGGCAUGCUACCUUGCUUCAGUCCAAUUGGUUCUUGUUGCUAUUUGUACUUGACAAGAGAGCCCUAAUUUCAAACACAGAGCAAAUGUUUACAGCUUAGAUUUCCUCUUUUUUGUCACUGUAUUUCCAGAGAAAAUUGGCGUACAGUAUAUCAUAUCCUGUUCUAAUGUAUAAACAUUUCAGUCUGUGUUAAAACCCUCUUUUUGCUGUAACCAUCACGAACAGUUAGAAAUUCCGUCCACUUGAUUUCCCCCAGUACACGGACACAUAUGGGUCAUUUCACUGGUACCGGUAUUGACCAAUAGGACAACUGUGUCCCGAAUGUGUUUUUGCAUAGGACGGUUCAAUUUAUUCAGUUCUUUUCAAGAGGUUUUUUUUUUACUUAUACAUGUUCCUUUCUCCCACACAAAGGUUAGUGUACAAUGUGUGAUUAAAGCCUCAUUCAAACUGGUCUGUACGGUAAUUGUGUCCUUUAGGCCAAAAUGUGUGCAUCAUGUAUUUCAGCAAAAUCAGUAGGAUAAACAAAAUAAGUAAACACUAGGCAAAUAUUGACUGCUUUAUAUGUACACCGAAGGAAAUAUAAGUAAAACUAGCUUCUUGAGGUUAUUCAUGGAGCAUUCUGCUUUCUCUACUUGAAAGAAAUCUCUUGAGGUGAUCCGAGGAGCUUCUGUAUUAUUUAAACCAUGGCUCCAUGGAUCAAAUAUUGUUUUCAGAAUGGGGCCACGUGAUGUCAUCCUUUUUGAGUGCUGUUGCAACGUUUGUUGUAGAAACUACAAGUGUCACGUGAUGUUCUAUCGACCAGUCAAGAUACAGAAGCUGUGGGUGAGGUGUUAUAAUUCUUCUGGAAGAUAUAUAUACCCAGUUGAAAUUUCUUCUGAUAUGAGCACAAGCAUAUCGGGGCCCUUCAUCCCCUCGUGCGUACUGUUUAUCUUUGAGCUCUCACGGACUAUUUGUAGUUCAACUCCAAAUUAAGUGGCAGUCACACAGUAGACUGUGAGGCCCCCCCCCCAAAAAAGAGGAGUGCUGGAAUUUUAGCCCAGUGUAUGCCCAGUUUGACAUUUCAACACCUUACUUAUCAAGAAAAUUAGCAAGAAACAAGAAAACUGAGCAUAAUUUGCCAUUAUUAUUCAGUUUCUUUCAUUUCUUCCUUGUAAUGCCAACUAUGUGAGAUUUUACCUUUAGUAGGUCCUAGGCAUAGAAGUUCUGGCUUUAUCUGCCCUGCCCAUGUUAAAUAAAUUCAUCAACCUGGAAUAUCA